AGCGACACAAACCAGUUACCGGUCAGAUGUCCCAGCCUGUUCAGUAUACCCAGUACAGUCGACCAACUGCUAGCACAUAUUACAACCCGCAAAUCUCGCCCGCUUCAUCCUCGACCCGAUUUUCCUCCACACAGACACGCUCAACUGUUGUGGACCCCUACAGCUCUUCUGACAUGGAGUUCAAGGAGAAUCAGUACAUGACAAGGAUAGACACUAUUUAUCAAAAGGAAGAUAGAGCCGACUCGAAGAAAAAGGUCCAGAAAAAGAAGAGUAAAGAAGUACAAGAUGCUAAUAGAAUCAAACAGGACCUGUAUGGUCUUCCUCAACCAACAACUGAGGUCAGUGGGUUCAGACGUUUAACAGUGUGUAGUUGUUUAGAUGAAUCAAUACUUUAUGUUAAUGUGUUCAGUUACUAG